UAAGCGGGUAGUGCUGCUGUGUUGUUGUGUUGUCGGUGUUGAUGGCGUGAGUGACCCACGUGCAUCAGCUGCCCGAGUCCUGCUCCACUUCUGUUCCACACCUGCUCCACACCUGCGGCUAGUGAGGCCAUCAGGAGGAGGAGAAACCUAGACAGACAGCACGUAUCAUGACAAGACCUGACCGCCAAAGAGAACUAAAUUAACUGCAGCAAGACAUCACCUCCAUUGGGAAGCAGCAGACCUUGAUGUAAACUCCACAAAUCAAAGACUAGACAAGAGAUUAAAGAUGAGUGAAAAACGAAAACGCGUGGGGGUUUCUGAAUUGCAAAAAGAUAUUUUAAGUGGAGAUGACGAGAAGAUCAACUACAUGCUUAAUAUAAAUACAGAAGAGGAUGGUGAUUCAUCUGAUGAAGAGUCAAGUGAUUUUGAUGAGGAUGAUGUAGAGGAUGUUAGUAAUGGUGAGGAGGAGGAGGAGGAUGAGGAUGACAGUGGUGGCAGAGAUAGUCUUGAUGAAAUCAGCUCAGAGGAUGAAGAUGAAGAGGUAAAUGAAGGAAAUGGUAGUAUUGAAUCGCAUACAUCACAGGGAAAACUAGAUGAAAAAUGUGAUAGAGACAGUGGUGUUGAUGAUCCUCCAAGUGAAACAACACAAAAUGCAAAAAAUAAAAGUAAGUUUUCUGAGAAGUCAAAGAAAACAAGUUUACAAAUCACAAAGACAAACAAUACCAGUAGUAAAAGCCAGAAUAGUCUCCAGGAUUCAUCAGCACCAGAUGAAUAUGCUGAAGAUUCUUCAGAUGAAGAAGAUCUCAGGAACACAAUAGGCAAUGUGCCUAUUAAAUGGUACGAUGAAUACCCACAUCUGGGCUAUGACCUUGAUGGCAAGCAAAUUGUUAAGCCGAAACGUGGUGAUACACUGGACAACUUCUUAAACAGACUAGAGAAUCCUGACUUUGAUCGAACUGUCUUUGAUAAGCAGACUGGUCAAGAUGUUCGCCUCAGUGAUGCAGACUUGGAUACUGUUAAACGUCUUAUGUCCCAGCAAGUGCCAGAUAGCAGUUAUGACUAUUAUGCUCCUUGGGUUGACUUCUUUACUCAUGAAGUCAUGGAAAUGCCCUUGUCGGGUCGCAUUGAUUCCAAGAAGUCCUUCGUUCCCUCCAAGCAUGAGGCUGCUUAUGUUGCCAAGAGAGCUGAACAGAUUCGAAGAGGUCUCAUAAAAUACACUCAUAAAAGGGAAGAAAAAUAUCACUUUUAUAAUCUGUGGUCUGACUCUGAUGAAAAGCGGCGGAGAGGGAUUCACAACCAUCUACGAGCACCGAAGGUUAGAUUACCAGGUCAUGGAGAGUCUUAUAACCCUCCUCGUGAAUAUUUGCCAUUUGACAGAAAUCCACCUAAAAGUCUUCGCCAGGUUCCUGCUUAUAAAUUAUUUAUUCAAGAUCGCUAUGAACGUUGUCUGGACUUGUAUAUUGCACCACGGAAGAGAAUAAUGAGGGUUACUGCUAGUGCUAAGGAUCUCAUACCAGUGUUACCAAAGCCCCAGGACCUACGGCCAUUCCCUACCAUGGAGGGACUGAUUUUCAAGGGCCAUCGGUCCAUUAUUAGGUCUAUCUCUAUUCAUCCUCUUGGGAAGUUCCUUGCUUCUGGUUCAGAUGAUCAAACUGUAAAAAUUUGGGAGAUCAGUACUGGGCGUUGCCUGCGGAGUUUUGAUGUUGAGGCAGCAGUGAAAUGGGUGGCGUGGAAUCCCAGUAAUAAGCUUUUCUUAUUGGGUAUUGUGUUAGAAAACAAAGUUAUCUUCAUGAACCCUGAAACAUACCUAACAGAUAAGGUCAUUGUUCAGCAGACAAAUUCUGUGUUCAAGGAGGAACCUGAUCAGGGCGACUACAUGCAACCUGAGCGUGUGAAAACAGCUGUGACAUGGAGGAAACCUACAGCAGAUGAGUGGGCCAAGGGCUACAGAACUAUUCUUGAACAUUUCAGGAGUGUGAAACAAAUAGUGUGGCACAAGCAGGGUGAUUAUUUUGCCACUGUUGUUCCUGAGGGCGAUCACCGAUCGGUCCUCAUGCAUCAGUUGAGCCGGUGGCGGUCACAGGUACCAUUUAACAAAUGCAAAGGCCGUGUUCAGGCUGUUCAGUUUCAUCCUAAGCUUCCCUUCUUGUAUGUUGUGACACAAGGCCAUAUUCGUGUGUACAACCUACAAAAGCAGAGAAUUCUGAAGAAAGUCCAAGCCAACAGUCGCUGGAUCUCAUCAAUUGCUAUUCAUCCUGGUGGAGAGCACUUCCUUAUUGGUGGAUAUGAUCGCAAACUUAACUGGUUUGAAAUGGAAUGCACCAGAAAACCACAUCUUCUGCGAUAUCACAAAGCAGCUGUCCGUAGUGUAGCAUAUCAUCGCAAAUACCCACUAUUUGCAUCGGCUUCAGAUGAAGGACGGGUUAUUGUUUCACAUGGAAUGGUCUACAAUGACUGGCUGAAGGAUCCUUUCAUUGUGCCUGUUAAGGAGCUCAGGGGCCAUAACAUGUUUGAUGAUUUGUGUGUGCUGGAUGUUACUUGGCACCCAUAUGAACCAUUCCUCUUCACCUCUGGGGCCGAUGCAACAAUUAGGCUUUGGCACUGAGGAGUAAUGAUAUUGGCAAGCGUGGAUAUCAUUGAUGGAAGAUUCGUAUAUAUAAAAUAAAUAACAUUAGUGCUAGAUAAGCAUAAAUGAAGAUCGAGGUAUGAGGCCACUUCUCGAGUUAUAAUGUACAUGCUGAAGAUUUGGCUAACAAGAUUUAAUAAAAAUUUAUAUAAA